AUGGCUCAAGAGGAAGGCGAUACCCGUAGCUACAACUCCCACCAAAGCACCAACAAUAGCACAUCAGCCCUUCAUGACGAUAAUACCAGCAGACGGCGGAAGAAAGAUGAUGAUGCUGCAUCAACCAACACAGAGAAAAGCAAAUCUGAAAAGCUGAUGGCUCGUAUCUCGGGUGUGCGUGAUUUGCUAGGCGUCGUCUUUUUGCCUAUUCUCAACGUCAUCUUCACAGCCGCUAUGAUGGGCCUUUUGAUCUAUGCAUAUUCCACAGCGAAUGGGAAACCUUUGGAUUAUACAAUUGGCAGCAUGGGUGUUCCAACAUUUGUAUCCCUGAUCACUACACUUCUUAAAAUGGGUGUCAUGGGUGGUAUUGGCUAUGCUAUCUCGGAGUACAAGUGGGUGCGGUUCCAGAAUGGUGGUCAGCUCAGCUUACUUGAUGUGUACGAUGCUUGCACACGUGGUGUUGGAGGUGUAAUUCGUGUGCUAUUAUCGAUUCGAAUGGAUACCAUCCUUAUUCCAGCUGUCAUCUUCCAAAUUGGCCUUAUUGCUUUGGGACCAGCAGCACAAGAGAUUCUUGCAAAUUACGAUGAAACAGUUAUAUGCUAUGUUGAUCCUCCUGGUCGACCAUUGAAUGUCAAAGCCUACCACACUUGGCAGUGGUACAAAGUACCACAACCACAUCGUGCACCACAGCUGAAGGGUGUUAAGCAGGAUUAUAUGCCCAAGCUUGGAUUUGGUGCAUCAUCCGCCAAUAGCACCACUGGUCUUGUCAAUUACAGAUACAACUUGUACUCGAUCAAUACUACUUGGCACGACAUAGCAACCAUGCGCACUGAUAUUGAUUGCGUGACAGGAUCCUACGCAGACACACGUAUCAUUAACGACCAAACAUUGAAUGUCAGCACGCUGAGCGAGUACUUUGGAAGUGGACGACCGAUCGAUGUCCCACGUAUGUUUUAUGCAGAGUCAAUGUAUAAUCGUACGCAUUAUGAUCGUGAACGAUUUUCCUUUGACAUGUUUGAAACAACUGGCUAUCGUCCCGAAGAUCGACCCUCAGUGGGUGACCAAACGGUUGUCAUCGUAACCGAAGGCCGACAAGCAAUCAGUAGCAGCUUAAACAAUCCUGAAGAAGAAGCAACGGUUGAACAAUGCACCUUGCGAUCCUAUAUCACCAACAGCACUAUGGUCGAAUCCGGCACACUGAAUGUUGAAAUUCGACCUACGUGGGAGAACAAGCGUUUGAUUGAUAUCGACUAUAACAGGCUGCUGAAUGGCGAUGUCCUCGAUUUGUCCUUCUCUGAAACAGGAGACCACACAAGUGAUAAUGCCUAUGCCUAUCAACUCUCUCUCAUUGCCACCAUGACCGAUCCCAAGAAUGUCAAGUUUCACCAAAAGUCAGCUGAUCGAUGGGCUACGGCUGUGCCGGACAAUGUUGAAAACGUGUUUACCAACUACAUCAGAGAUGGAUUCUACAUGAGCGAUAUUUUCAUGACCUUUUAUGCACCUGAGGAGCAAAUGCCUUCGAGAGUUAUCUAUGGCGAUGCUUGUUUCACCAACGACACAACAUACAACUUUGAUCAAGGAGCCUAUUUGGGCUUGUCGUUAGCACCCAUUGUGCCACUUUCGUGGUGGGUUGUAUUGUGGAUCAUUAGUUUAUACCAAACCAACGGCAUAUCACGUGGAAAUUCACAAAUCGCUUUGAUGGCAACAGGCCUUACACAUCGCGUCUCAGAUCGAUUCAAAGGAUUUUCUCAUACGGGUCAAGCUCAACUUUUCAGCCGUGCUUCCAAGGUGAAGGCUUGGUUUGGCGAAAUUAGACGCAGCGAUGGUCGUCGUGGUCACGUUGCUUUUGGUCUUGAAGAUGAAAUCCAGCCCUUGCGUGUAAGGAAUCAACGCAAUGAUGAGGCAGCAGCAUAA